AUGAUGUCGGUCGGUUACAGUCCAUCGAGAAGCCCCGGGAUCUCGAGGAUGCAGUUGGGCGGCGCCGCCGCCUCCUCCCGGCUAAGAUCUUCCUCUAUGAAGAAGCCGCCUGAGCCGCUGCGCCGAGCUGUAGCCGAUUGUUUGUCUGCCGCAGCGCCUUCGCACGUCGAGGCUUCCAGAACGUUGCGGGAUUACCUGGCAGCACAUGCUACGAUUGACUUGGCAUAUGGCAUGAUUCUAGAGCACACACUUGCCGAGAGGGAACGCAGUCCUGCUGUGGUUGGAAGGUGUGUGGCGCUACUGAAAAGAUAUCUUUUAAGGUACAAACCAAGCGAGAACACAUUACUGCAGAUUGAUCGAUUCUGUAUUAAUAUAAUUGCUGAGUGUGAUGUAAGCCCUUACCGGAAAUUGCCGCCAUGGUCUCGUUCCUUAGGUGAACAAUCUGGGGUUUCAGCACCAUCUCCAAAUGUAAAUCCUCUGCCCGUGUCAAGUUUUACUUCUGGAGCACUGGCGAAAUCCUUAAAUUAUGUUCGCUCGUUAGUGGCUCAAUAUGUUCCAAGGCGUUCCUUCCAACCGGCUGCCUUAGCCGGAGCUGCUCCUGCUUCAAGACAAGCAUUGCCGACAUUAUCAACGUUGUUGAGCAGAUCAUUCAAUUCCCAACUAAGUCCUGCAAGUGGCAAAGAAUCUUUGGAGAGCAAGGAAACAUCGAUCACAUCUGUUUCUGAGACACCGAUUGCUGAAGAAGUUGAUGAACUUGGAGACCUGGAGUUUAUGGCACUCGAUGUUUUUAGAUGGCGCUGGUGUGGGGACCAACAGUUGUCACUUCUCCUGCCCAAAAGUGAUCACAUACUGAAUCUCCAAGACAUGCGAUCUCAAAAUUUCUUAGAAAUUGGGGCUGCAGCUCUUCUUGUUGGCGACAUGGAAGCCAAAAUAAAGGGUACAUCUUUGAGAGGUUUUGGAAGCGCAGAGAUGCCGUUUCUAGAUCAAUUAUUGCAGCCUUCACUGCUGACUACUGUUACCAAUUCAAACUCAGCUUUUGCCCAUUUGAGAGCAAUAACAGCGCUAAAGCGCACGAAGUCAGGGUCUAAUCAGAUAUGGUGUGAUUCUUCUAUGAGCACCUUUCGACCUCGUACAAGACCACUUUUUCAGUAUCGCCACUACAGUGAACAACAACCCUUGCGAUUGAAUCCAGUAGAGGUCUGUGAGGUGAUUGCGGCUGUUUGCUCUGGGGCAUCUGCCAAUUCGAAUCACUCGACUGUCUCGUCUAAGUUAAGACAUAGCGGGAAACCUACUAUGGAUGUUGCUGUGAGCGUUCUGGUUAAACUUGUAAUUGACAUGUACGUUUUGGAUCCCAAGACUGCUGCUCCUCUCGCUCUAUCCUUGCUAGAGGACAUGUUAAAUUCCCCUAAUGUAAUGGCAAAGGCUCGAGCCUUCGAUCUAAUUAUCAAUCUUGGAGUGCAUGCACAUUUGUUGGAGCCGCCAGUACCUGAUAGUUCCACUACAGUGGAGGAACACUAUUCCCCGGAAGCAUUCUUUGACAGUGGUUCUCAAAUAUCUUCAGAUGGAAAUAUAAAAGCUGACUUUCUCAAGAAAACUGGAAACGCCUCAGCCAUUGAUAAGUUCGAAAGUUGGAUUCUGGGGAUUCUCUUCGAGGUGCUUCUUCAUCUUGUUCAGAUUGAAGAGAAAGAGGAGGCUGUCUGGGCUUCUUCAUUAAGCUGUUUACUGUAUUUCGUCUGCGAUAGAGGCAAAAUACGAAGGAGCAGAUUAAAAGGUCUUGAUAUCAGAGUUGUUAAGGUUCUCAUGCAGAUUAGUAGGAGAAACUCUUGGGCAGAAAUAGUUCAUUGCAAGCUAAUAUGCAUGAUGACGAACAUGUUUUAUCAACCACCUGAGGCUUUUGAUAAAGUUGUUUCAGCUACCCCCUUAUUUCUUGUUAGCCAAGUUGAUCUGAUUGGCGGAAUUGACUUUAUAUUUGGGGAGUUGGUGCUUUCAGACUCGAGGGAAGAAAGGAGAAAUCUUUAUUUGGUGCUUUUUGAUUAUGUAUUGUAUAAAAUAAAUGAGGCUUGUAUAGCUGCUGGAGUUUCAGAGUACAGCGAUGAUGAGGUCCGACCUAUUGCGACCUUGCUUAUGCUUGCAGAUGCACCUGAAGCGCUGCAUAUUUCUGUCAAAUUGAGUGUUGAAGGUAUUUUGGAACUACUGAGGAGAUCAAUUUCAGCAGCAUUGUCCUCAUAUCCUAAUAAUGAUCGACUCUUAAAGUUAUUGGAGAAGAUAGUAGAGAAGUUUGACACACUCAUAGGAUCAUUCACUCGUGUAGAUACCGAGUUCACCCAAAUGAUUCAGUUCACAAAAUUAUUCAAAUCUAUUGAAAGCAUCGACAGAGGUCUUGGGAAUGCUACUACUAUGAAAGCAAGUCUCUCUUGGACCACUUUACAUUCUCUUCUUCAUUCAGAACGUAGAGCUUACCGUCAUAAUGGGUACUUGUGGUUGGGCGACUUGCUGAUUGCAGAAAUCAGUGGUGAAGGGGAUAUGGAUCUCUGGUCAAGUAUUAAAAAUUUGAAGGAGAAAAUUUCUCUUGCUGGUGUUAAUGAUUAUUCGGCUGCUUUAGAUGUUUCUUUACCUAUUUGGCUUAUGUGUGGGCUUCUGAAGUCGAAGAAUAACCAAAUCAGAAGGGGUUUUCUGUUUGUUCUGGAAAGGCUGCUGAUCCAAUGCAAAUUUUUGCUAGAUGAGAACGAAGUCCAGCACGUGAUACGCAGUCAAUCGGCGCCACAUAUACAUGACAAGAGUCGUCUUGAGAAAGCAAAUGCGGUAAUAGAUAUCAUGAGCUGUGCCUUAUCCUUGAUGGUUCUAAUAAACGAAACCGACCGAAUGAAUAUUUUGAAGAUGUGCGAUAUUCUACUUUCUCAACUUUGCCUCAAAGUUGUUCAUACUGACGUGACGUCAUUUGGAGAUGUAGUCCACAAUAAAGGUUCUAGUAACCCGGAAAAGGUGGUGGAUAAGGCAGAUGGUGCUGAUAAUCUUUCUGUAAUUGAGAAUGUUGGCCAUGGUGAUUUAAUAGGAGAUCCUAGCACCAAACUUGGAAGAAAUGUACAUACUCCAGUUUGUGGUACCGCAUCCAUGGCAACAUUGCUUCUUAAUGGACAAGCCAUUGUGCCCAUGCAAUUGGUUGCUCGUGUUCCUUCUGCGUUAUUUUAUUGGCCUUUGAUCCAGCUUGCUGGUGCUGCAACAGAUAAUAUUGCACUGGGAGUCUCUGUAGGUAGCAAAGGAAGAGGGAAUCUUUCGGGCGGCACAUCGGAUAUUAGAGCUACACUUCUCUUACUUUUAAUUGGCAAAUGUACAGCAGAUCCAGCUGCUUUCGUUGACGUUGGUGGGGAAGAAUUCUUCAGGGAAUGGUUGGAUGAUACAGAUGCAAGAGUGGCAUAUUACUCGUCAACCUUUCUUUUAAAGAGAAUGAUGACAGAGCAACCGGAACAAUACCAGCGCAUGCUUCAUAGUCUUGUUGCAAGAGCUCAGCAGAGCAACAAUGAGAAGUUACUGGAAAAUCCGUACCUCCAGAUGCGAGGCCUGCUUCAGCUGUCAAAUGAAUAA